AUGUAUACAAAUACUGUCCGAGAAACUGAAACUGUUUUGGCACGCACAGUCAAGCGGACGACAGUUUUGACUACACGGUUGUACACGGACAUGGUAAAGAUCCGUACGCGUGUGAGUAACUGGAGACGGAAGGCAAUUAUUCAAUCUGGCCUCAUUGGGAUCAUCAUCGGCAUCUGUGGACCUGAUCUCACGUUCGUGAUUCAGAGCAAAAUGAUUGAUCCAUCAGAUGGCGACAGCCAAGCCACUCGCUGUGGGCAACAGCGAACUCGAUCGAUCAUGCAAAGUGCAGAAUUGGAGACAAGUUUUAUCUAA